AUGAAGCUCACUGUCGCUGUUGCUGCAGUCUUCAUCGUAUGUUCAGUCGUAGCUAGAGUGGUCAAAGUCCAACUCAUCAUCCUGUACCUUGCCCAUGGCACAUUUCACGUACUCGCCAUGCGUAGUCUAAACGGCCCACGCCCGAAAGUGGCCUUCUGGGACGACCCCGCCAGUCCGGAAGACUGGCAAAAGUACACAGCAAAAGGCGGUGCGUUGAUGUGCGGUCUAGAGGGCUCCGAUCAGACCGCUGGCCGUCUAAUGGGAGACACACGUCAGCCGCCUUCAGCAGCGAGCAAAUUCAACGGAGAUCUCCAGACCGAACUCCAGGACUGGUACUGGCGGCCAGUUCAUCCUGCGACAUACAGCUGUAGUAUUUCGCAGCACUGGCAGAUUCCCCAUGCAGUGGAAUCCCUCGGUCUAAGCGGCACAUCGAAAGCACAGGGUGGAGACAAUGAAUGCUUCAGGACGGAACACUGGGAUCCAGAGCGUCGUGAUGACGACGGCAAUCAGAUUCCUGCCGUCAACCAGCGGUAUACAGUUCCUGGAUAUUCGAAGCAAUACCGCGCAACAAAGGCACACUACGAAUUUGGCGUCAACACAAAGGCUGGCGCUAUACACGGCAUUUACCUAGAGGGUCCACAAGCUUCGGCAAAAGGUCUUUGGGGUAAAUUGCCCAAAAAAGACGAGCUUCCGGAGUUACGCGCAUUCUCCGAUGUGAUUUGGGGCUAUUGGAAUCGCAAUAAUCCGGACAUCAAGAACAUCCGCUAUUUCUUCAUGGUCGGUAUCUCCAACGACUUGAUGAAUGAGCUUAUCGCAUCGAGCCUAACAAACAAGAAAGCCAGACUCGCCAAGUGGCCGGGAACUGAGUUCUCGACUGCUACAGAUGAAGGACAUGCGCUUCUCGGAUCACCAAAUGGCGCCGCGUUCGCGUACUUUCUUAUGCAACACAAAGCUCAGCUUGGUCAAAAGACUAUCACCAAGAUCACGGUCUUUCGACCGGACAACGAUGACGACUUGGACUUUGUUGAUGCCUCUCUGGUUUUCCAUGUCGAGGAUGGCCCGGAACCACCACCUGACGCAAUGGCUGGUACUGACACGGAGGAUGCUCAUAUUGUACGGAAGAGUACUACGGCCAAUGUCGAUAAUAAAGACGUCGUCCAGGUCCAUGAAGUCUACAUGUAA